GCGCCUCUGUUCAGUCACUCUCACUUUCAGCUUCAGCCUUACACGUCGCAACGUUUUCUUCAGACAUCACGCGUCCUUAUAGCAAGCAUUUCGUCCUUUCCGACCAAGCUCACUUUCCAACCAACUUUACCUCCAGUUGAUUGAGCUCUCAGAAUUGCUCCAAUAGUUAUUUUCGCUUGAUCCAUACGAACCCUCGGUGUUAGAGCUGAGGGGCACAGCCGUGGGAUUCAAUUCACCUCACGUGCCUGCCAAUACACUUCCAACCAAGAUCAGCUCGCCCAAUGGAUACACAGGACUCGAUUCUGGCCGAAAAGGCCCAGCGGGCUAGGGGUGUUGUGCACCGACCAUCUGAUGCGUCGGCAUCCAGCAGCCAGCCGCCUGCCGCUGAUGUUCAGGACGACAGUGUAGAGGACCAUGUCGCUAGCUCUUCACAACCUGUACAGUUACCGCCAUAUUCAAGCACUUCCAGUAACCCGCCAGAUCAGCAGAAAGUAUUUGUUGCGAAGGGUCCUCAAUACUAUCCUGGUCUUCCGGUACUUGAUUAUCGGCAGUAUUCGCCCCCCAUGUUUGACCUGUCUGUUGACACUACAACCAUCACCAGCAAGGCCACAUAUCUGUCGGAGAACGUGAAAGCGUUGUCUACCUUGCUCACAAACCUAGCUACCGUGCCGCCAAAGCCACAAGUUUCAAUUACUGGGAACCGUGGCAGGAAGGUGGACUUUAGCAUCAAGUUAAACCUUCUCAGUCUUCUUAUCCCAGACAAUCCCAACAAUCGCAUGGACUAUCUCCGCCUUAUUAACAAGGACGAGAUGGGAUACCGAGGGGGUCAACAACCAUCUCUAAAACCCGAGGUCACGGACGGCGGGCUUGAGGCAUGGUGUCAGCGCUUCAUUGACGAUGACGCAAAUGUGAAAUCGUUUAUGUUAGAGCGCGUGGUAGCGAACUUUGACACCAACUGGCUAGAGGGUCAGAUUCGCAGCCUCGUGGCAACUACACAAUAUAAGGGUGUGGUGACUGUGUCGUUCCCUGUCACCCACUCAAAGGUCAUCGUACAGACCCCGGACAAAGUCAACAAGUUUUUCACCAGUGUCUCGACGCUUUUUACCGGCAAAAGCAAGUACGAAGUUGUCAAAGCAGUCUGGCCCUUUGCCACGGCCAAAAAUGGGGAGCCUGGCCGGAGAUGUCUAGUCCAGAGCGAAAAGACUUGGUGGGAGGAGUGGAAGGAUCCGAUCAAGUACGCCGUGGCGACUAAGCGCCAUGGCUGGGUGACAAACGAAGAUAAGUUGGAGUGUAUUAUGGAGUCCAAGGGAAAAGGACUAUCCAUUGUUGACUGGGGCCCAGAUUUCUAAAGUGGAUUUUGUCCGGGAUGUAGUCAGAUUGAGCAGAUUCAUACUUUUGACUACAAUGGGUUAUAAGUAUGUCUUUGGGUUCUCUCUUCAUGUAUGUAAUCAAUCAAAAGGCCUUCACAGAAAAGGCUGAACAUGUACCCAAGUAUUGUAGGUUAGUUAACUUGCUUGCUAUGCAGCACUUAUAGGCUAUUGACUAGGCUGUAACGAUCGACACUGUGCAAGCAUGAGUACUUCGCGUGUACGGGAAACAACACCGAUAUCGUGUUUACACACGGGUGCGUGAAGCAAUUUCGCCUAAGAUACACUAUUUUUAUAC